UAAAAAAUUAAUGAUUUUUUAAUUUAUGUGCACAAUUCUAAAACGAAUUAUAUUAAAAAUCAGAGGAAGUAUACAAUAAACAAAGGUUUGAUUGAUCUAAAAGAUUUGACUUUCAGAUGUAUAUAAACAGAAAUAUAAAUUAUAAAGUUUCAGAUAUACUAGAUCCAAAAUUUAUAUAUCUAGAUCCAAACACUUUUAGCUAUGACGCAAAUGUAGAAAAUUAUUAAUGAAUAGUAAAAGUAUUAUCAUACAUGAUUCACGAUUUGAAUUGCAAGGCAAUUUGAACCAUUUUCGUUAUUUGAUAACAAUUAUAAUGCUGAGUCGCCGGUUCGGGAUUAUUCAAGAAUCGAGACGGAGUUAAUUAUUAUUCUAAACAGAGCUGGUAACAUGGUGAUGAAUCUGAUGAUCGUCAAUAUUUAAACUCAAUAUUUUAGUUUGUCUUUCAUCUUAUUAAAAUGCAAAGUCAAUGUAUGUAGGCACCGGAGCUCUCUAUAAGAAGCUACAAUACUUUACAUAUAAAUAUAGAGAAUAUAAUACAUUUUUUCUUGCAAAGAAGAAAAACCCAAAAUAACAGAUCCAAUUGUUUUCAAGAUCGCAUCUAAAUCAUAAUAUAUAGCAUGAUCAAAGAAGAGAUCGAUUCAUGUGUUCAUCCUUUAGAUGGUGGUAUGGCAGAAUCCGAUAAGGAAGUGGAGCUUGAUGCAACAAAAGCAAAGGUGGAUAAAGUAAGAGAAGAAAACGAGAAGUUAAAGCUCUUACUCUCUACGUUCCUUACAGAAUACAACUCCCUUCAAAUGCAUGUCUCCAAUGUUAUCCGACAACAACAUGAAGCUUCUAUGAAGCUAGACGAUAAUGGUCACGAGGAUUUGGAUGUAGAUAUAUCUCUUACGCUUGGUAGAUCAGAGCAGAAAAUAUCCAAGAAAGAGGAACAAGUAAAGAAAAUUAUUGCGGAAAAUAAUUCUAUUAAUAACAAGGAAGGGUCGGAGAAGAAAAUAUGGGCGCAUGGAUUAGGAUUUCGGAUUCAAAGUUUUGAAGAUCUGGAUACUAAUCAAACCAUGAUGUUAGAUGAUGUUUCUAGAGAGGUUAAGAAUAAGAACGUGGAAAAUAAAUGUUUAUCUUCCAGGAAAGAUGUCAAAACAGCUAGAAAUGAAGAUCAGCAUGAGCUUUUGGAAGAACAUGAGCAACCAGGUUUAAAGAAAACUAGGGUUUGUGUAAAAGCCCCAUGUGAAGAUCCAUCAAUAAACGACGGUUGCCAAUGGAGGAAAUACGGUCAAAAGACUGCAAAAACGAAUCCUCUUCCACGAGCCUAUUACCGCUGCUCCAUGUCCUCAAAUUGUCCCGUAAGGAAACAGGUGCAAAGAUGCGGAGAAGAUGAUACAUCCGCUUAUAUGACGACGUACGAAGGAAAUCACGACCAUCCUCUUCCUAUGGAAGCAACUCAUAUGGCAGCUGGAACUUCUGCUGCCGCCUCCUUACUACAAUCUGGCGCCUCUUCUUCAGCGAGCUUAAGCCAUUUCUUCCCUUUUCACCACUUCUCUGUCUCCACCACCAACUCCCACCCCACUGUGACACUCGACCUCACACAACCAAACUAUGAUCCCAAUCAAUUACCAAACUACCCUCUUUCUUCUUCCUCUCUCAGCUUCUCCUCCUCUGGUCGUCCAUCUCCGUCAAAGAGUCACACAUUGAGCUUCAGUGGUUUGAGAUCACAAGCUCCUAUGAAUACAUAUUAACAUUUAUCACAUCAAACCAGACUUUUUGGACGGCAGUAACUAUGUAUAUUGGUAUAGAUACAUUUUUUUUUGCUU